AUGGAGGUCCCACUGGUAAACUUUGAAAACCUCGAUGACAUUGGCAUCAAUAUGGGCGACCCCAGCGACUCUGGCUACCCCACAUCACCCACCUCAGACGCACCCGACCGACACGGCGUGACCAAUCGCGUGGCCUCGCCCUCGCACUCCCCCCAGAGGCGCCAGCCUGCCGGACAGCAAGUCGGCUUCUCCCCCAACGCCACCCCUGACCUCGACAAAAAGAGGGCCAACUCCAGCUGCACCAGCCUCAUCUCCAACUGGAAGAUCCUCAUGAAUAGCGAGGGGAGCCCGAGCGACAGCGUCUUCAGCAAGGCGGCAAAGGACUUUUGCGAGGACGUGUUUGGCGAGAAGCAGAACUUUAAGCAGGAGGACGGCGAACAGAAAGUGGUCAUCAACGUGUCCGGAAUGAAGUACGAGACGCAGCUCAAAACGCUGAGCCAGUUUCCUGAGACUCUGCUAGGCGAUCCCAAAAAGAGGAUGUUUUACUUUGACCCGAUGAAGAACGAAUACUUUUUCGAUCGCAAUCGGCCUGCCUUUGACGGAAUUCUUUACUUUUACCAGUCCGGAGGGAAGGUCCGUCGACCGGCAAACGUCCCGUUGGAGAUCUUUGCUGACGAGAUUGUUUUCUAUGAGCUCGGCGCAGAGGCUAUUGAACAGUUUCGAGAGGAGGAAGGGUUUACAAAGGAGCCUGAAGCCGUCUUACCCACCAAGGAGAUACACAAACAGUUCUGGCUGCUGUUUGAGUACCCAGAGAGCUCCAGUGCGGCUCGCUUGGUGGCUCUGGUGUCCGUCACUGUCAUCACAAUCUCCAUUGUUGUGUUCUGCUUAGAGACAUUACCGGAGUUCCGUGACGAUCUGCCACAUAUGAGCCCUGCAGGCCCUGUGGGCAACCGAACUGACGCAGAAGGCAGAUACCUACCACCCCCGAGCAUGGCUCCUCCUAAGACACUUUCCGAAACGUUGUCCGACCCUUUCUUCAUCAUAGAGACGAUCUGUAUCAUCUGGUUCAUCUUUGAGCUCAGCGUGCGUUUCGUCUGCUGUCCCAGCAAGAGCGAGUUCUUCAACAACAUGAUGAACAUCAUAGACAUCUUCUCCAUCGUACCGUACUUCAUCACCCUGGCGACGGACGUAAUGACCAACCCUGACGACGAGGACGCAGGGCAAAACAUGUCCUUGGCCAUCCUGCGGGUCAUCCGGCUGGUGAGGGUCUUCCGAAUCUUCAAGCUGUCGCGACACUCCAAGGGGCUCCAGAUCCUGGGCUGGACCUUGAGGGCCAGCAUGAGGGAGCUGGGCCUGCUCAUCUUCUUCCUCUUCAUCGGAGUCAUCCUCUUCUCCAGUGCCAUCUAUUUCGCGGAGGUCGACGAGCCCGACACACAGUUCCUGAGCAUCCCCGAGGGGUUCUGGUGGGCCGUGGUGACCAUGACGACCGUGGGCUACGGCGACAUGACCCCCAUCACCAUGGGAGGCAAGAUGGUGGGCACCCUGUGUGCCAUUGCCGGCGUGCUGACAAUCGCACUCCCCGUGCCCGUCAUCGUCUCCAACUUCAACUACUACUACAACCGCGAGACAGAGAAUGGCGACAAACACAUCAUGGACAGCGUGGAGGCGGCCGCCCAGAAGUCUGCCGAGGCAAACAAGUACGACAGCAAUGUCUCGCUGGACAAGAGCAACGGAAACUGGCCCAGCGAGAAGAAUGGCAUGCCCUGA